UAGCUAGCCAUACCUCGUGCUGCAGGACAUCGAUAAGGAGGGGAGUUCAAACACACAAAUAAGUAACACCCAUACCUACAAAAUGGGUUUGGGCUUAGGGGCCCUGGUGGCGUUCCUUACCCUCUAUGGGGUAAAGGGACAGACCACGUGCGCAGGCACAAAUGGGACAAUUUACCAAUACAGCUUUAUGGACGUUUUGGAAGAGCGGACGAUUCCUCUUUCCAACUACCAAGGGCAGGUCCUUAUGGUCAUUAACGUGGCCACCUACUGAGGAUUCACCGAGCAGUACUUAGACUUGAAUGUAAUACAAACUGAUUAUAGCCCGUUCUUCCAAGUGCUGGCUUUUCCUACCAAUCAAUUCGGUUUGCAAGAACCGGGAAGCAAUGAGGAGAUUUUGAACGCAAUCCGAUAUGUUCGACCUGGUGGCGGCUACAUUCCCAACUUCCAGAUGUUUGAGAAGAUCGAGAGCAAUGGAAUUGACCAAGAAGCGAUGUACGGAUGGUUAAAGGGAAUCUGCCCUGAAAUAUCUGAUUCGUUUUACCCAAAAAGUCGGUUGUACUAUGACCCAAUAAACGUACGUGACAUUCGCUGGAAUUGGGAGAAAUUUAUCAUCAACAGAGAAGGAAAGCCAACAAGAAGAUACGCUUCGUUUUAUCCACCAACCGAUACUAACGUUAGGGCCGAUAUUGAAGCAGCCCUGACCGAAGGGUAUGGACAAGAUUGGAGACAAAAACUGGCAGUAGCGAAGGCCAAAUUGGCGAAGAAGGAGCAAGCGCCAGUUGUGCGGCCAGUGUCAAUCAGUGAGAUUCUGAGGAAACACCAUUAAACGGAAAGGAGACCCGCAUCGUCUGAUUUUUAAUUAACAAUGGAAUUUGAAUUGAACUUGAUCAUUGCAAGG